AAUCAAAUCAACCCACAUUCCCAUCACGUCUCCUUUCUCCGUCUCUCUGUUUUCUCUCAGGUUGGACCUCCUCCUCCACACGCGCUUCCAAGUUUUCCCCAGAAAAAAAAUUCUUCUGGAUUUUCAAGGAGUUGUUGGUAGAGAAUGAAGGAGUUUUGGGUUUAUCAAGUGUUUCCAUAAGAGUUUGGUUUUAGGACCUCGACGCACGCGUGAUGAAUUCAAUGCGUGAUCAAUCAGGAAGCCCUUAUGGAGACUCAACUCCUCGUAGUCCUUUCUCUCCCUUUUCUCCAUUAUCUGGAGACGAAAGGCAUAGAAAUCUGGCAGAUUCCAAAAGAGAUUCAACUCCUCGUAGUCCUUUCUCUCCUUUUUCUCCAUUAUCUGGAGAUGAUAGGCACAAAAGUCUGGCAGAUUCCAAGUUUCAGCAAGCCCUUGCCAAUUCCGGAGCAUUAGAUCCAUUAUCCCCUGGAUCAAUGCACCAUGGAGGACACAAGUUUCAUGAGGUUUUCCAAAUGAAACAGGGGCGUUAUGAUCUUCAAGCCUCAAAGAUUUCUGAAAUGAUGAAAUCGAGUAGCUUAGAUAAUGCUCCUACGCAGUCACUUCUAAGCGUCGUGAAUGGAAUUCUUGAUGAAAGUAUCGAAAAAAAGAAUGGUGAAGUCCCUCAGCGAGUGGCAUGUCUCUUGAGAAAAGUCGUUCAAGAGAUUGAGCGACGCAUAACAACUCAAGCUGAGCAUCUAAGAACGCAAAACAAUAUGUUCAAAACUCGUGAGGAGAAGUACCAGUCAAGGAUUAAAGUCCUUGAAGCCUUAGCAUCAGGAAGUGGUGAAGAGAAUGAGAUUGCUACACAACAGCUUCGACAGAUAAAGACAGAAAAGUCAAACUGGGAAGAAAAGAAAAGAAGCGGAGAAGAAGAUAUGCUUAAGCUAUUGAAAGAAAACGAUCAAUACAGCCUCCAAAUUUCUGCGUUGAGGUGUGAACUGGAGACAACUAGAAAAGAAUAUGAACAACAAUGCUCUCAAUUGGAAAGCCAAACCAUGACAGAGAAGGCAAAGUGGGAAGAACAGUGGAAAAACGAAGAGGAGGAUAUGGCCAAGCUAUCAAAAGAAAAUGAUCAAUUCAACCUUGAGAUUUCUGCGUUAAGGCAAGAACUAGAAGCAACUAAAAAAGCAUAUGAACAGAAGUGUUCGCAAAUGGAAAGCCAAACAAUGGUGGCAACAACAGGGCUUGAGAGCAGGCUGAAGGAACUUGAAAAAGAGGGAAGAGAAGCAAACAAUGCAAAAACUGCCCUUAAGGAAAAGGUCAACGAGCUUGAAAAAAUGGGAAAAGAAGCACAUACUGCUAAAAAAACUCUUGAGGAAAAAGUAAAAGAGCUUCAACAAAUGGAAAAAGAAACAAAAACUGUUAACACAAGCCUUGAAGGAAAGAUUCAAGAGCUUGAACAAAACCUUGCCAACUGGAAGACUAAAGUCAAAGAAAUGGAGGAAAAAUCUGAGUCUAAACUCCAAAGUUGGAGUCAGAAAGAAGUUUCCUAUAGACGCUUUAUUGAUAACCAGUCUCAGGCACUACAGGAGCUGAGGUUCUAUUCAAGAUCCAUCAAGCAAGAACUAUUGAAGGUUCAAGAGAACUAUACAGAACAGUUCAGCCAAUUAGGAAAGAAACUGAUUGAACUUAGCAAUGCUGCUGAAAACUAUCACGCUGUACUAACUGAAAACCGGAAGCUUUUCAACGAGCUUCAGGAGCUCAAAGGAAACAUAAGAGUAUUUUGCCGGGUGAGGCCUUUCCUUCCUGGACAGGGUGGUGCAAACACAGUGGUCGAGUACGUUGGUGAGGAUGGAGAAUUGGUAGUCACCAAUCCCACUAAACUUGGGAAAGACGGUCUUCGCCAAUUUAAGUUCAAUAAAGUUUAUAGUCCAAAUGCUACUCAAGCUGAGGUCUUCUCAGAUAUAAAACCCCUGGUUCGGUCAGUGCUUGAUGGGUACAAUGUUUGUAUCUUUGCAUAUGGUCAGACAGGAUCAGGGAAAACGUAUACAAUGAGUGGUCCAGACGGAGCAAGUGAAGAGGAUUGGGGAGUUAAUUAUCGUGCUCUGAAUGAUCUCUUUAAAAUAUCUCAAUUUCGUAAGGGAAACAUAAAUUAUGAAGUGGGAGUGCAAAUGGUGGAGAUAUACAACGAACAAGUUCUGGAUUUGCUCUCUGAGGACAAUUCUCAAAAGAAAACACUAGGGAUCCUUUCUACAACUACACAAAAUGGUCUGGCUGUGCCUGAUGCAAGCAUGUAUCCUGUGACAUCAACCUCAGAUGUGAUUACAUUGAUGGAGAUUGGACUACAGAAUCGAGCUGUUGGUUCUACUGCCUUGAAUGAACGAAGUAGUCGCUCUCACAGCAUUGUCACUGUUCACGUUCGUGGUAAAGACAUGAAGACCGGUUCUGUUCUAUACGGCAAUCUUCAUUUGGUGGAUCUAGCAGGAAGUGAGAGAGUAGAUCGCUCUGAAGUAACAGGGGACAGGCUUAGAGAAGCACAACAUAUAAACAAAUCGCUCUCAUCUCUUGGAGAUGUGAUAUUCUCUCUCGCUUCAAAGAGUUCCCAUAUACCAUACAGAAACAGCAAGCUAACACAGAUACUCCAAAGUUCUCUUGGAGGACGAGCAAAGACCCUAAUGUUUGUGCAACUCAACCCUGAUGCUACUUCAUAUUCAGAGUCAAUGAGUACCUUGAAAUUCGCAGAGCGUGUUUCUGGAGUCGAACUUGGUGCUGCAAAGAGCAGUAAAGAAGGUAGAGAGGUUCAAAAUUUAAUGGAACAGUUAGCGUCCCUUAAGGACACAAUAGCGAGAAAAGACGAAGAGAUAGAGAGGCUUCAUUUGGUAAAGGAUAGCCAUCAUCCGCAGAGACUUCAGAAACCAAUGAUGUUGAGAAGAAAGAGCUUUGGACAAAUCGAUGACGUAAACUCAGAAACAGGAGACUAUUCAUCACAGUCAAGGCACUCUGUUACUGACGGCGAGAGUUUCUCUUCCUCUGUCGAAGCAGAGUACGAGGAGAGGUUGAGCGAGGCUACUUCUGAUGCUGCUUCUGUCGGAACUCAAGGAUCCAUGGAUGUUACUAAAAGACCACCCAAAAUUUCAGACAGAGCUAAGUCAAUGACUUCAAGGUCAACAACGAGUGUAACACGACCACUCGAUAAACUUCGGAAAGUAGCUACGAGAACAACAUCGACCGUUGCUAAGGUCACGUCGGGCAUGUCCACAUCAAGUAUUAAGAAGACUGGAACCGUUUCUAGUUUGGCAAAGUCCUCUAGACGGUGGGCGUAAAUUUAUGCUUUUACCCUAGCCACCAUAACCUUAC